AUGGAGAAGAAGCCUGAACAUCUUCCAGAGUCGCAGUGGGAUUGGAUGUGGGGAGCUGUCAGCAAGCAUCCUGCUGCUCCAUACAAUCGUAUGUAUGUGGGGCAGAAGUCGGGUGCUGAUUUGAAGGGGAACGUGGAAAGUCGAGAUAAUAGACAAGAUUUUGGUGACAACUUACUGCUUGGUCAUGCUACUUUGUGA